ACAGCAUAUAUCCACUUCUAUUCACUUCUCUGAUAUCUUAUAGCUAGGGGCUUUUGCAAUCAAUGUCAAUACAACUUGAAUCAGUACUGCCAUCAUAAACAGACUACGUGCUAUCACCGGAAAAUAGGAAAAAUAUGCGCUCAAAAUGUGGUAUUACACUAAUACGAUGAAUUCUUGCACAAAUAGAAGUAAAUGUCAACUUUCGAGAGUACCAAAAAGAAAGAGGUGAGCUUUGAAAUUCACCGGUAACAAGUUCGGAUGGUGGUCUACUUCCGUGUGUGAAUACUCCAGAGAUUACCAGGAUGAGAUCGAGCGAAAUGUAAACAAGCUUUGCUCAUAGGUUCGAGAUGUACGGUGGGACAGCGAAAGUUAGGACGUUGAGGCUUGAGCCGUAAAUCGGACUAUCAGAUGCCCUUAAGGGCAGGCUGGGCCAGUCGAACCAUUGUUCAAUUGGGAUGGAUGAUAAUGAAAGGGCCAGGUGCGUUGUACGGCGGCUCGAUUUUAUCACACAAGGAUCAUGCGACGAACGGCGAAGGUACAAAACAAUUCAUCGCCUGUCAAAAAGUUGAAAGAAAAGGUCAGCAGCUGAUAAAGGGUGUGUUGUGACAAUUUCUAGACGUUCUGCUUGCAAAUUACAACUGUCACCCAGCUAUUCUAUGGACGCGUUUCAGCGGUUACUUGCCUGAACCACUAAGGAUACACGGCAUAAACGCAGCGAAAACAGCGCCAUGCGCUGUCAAGUGAGUGCUUAUUCCGAUAUAUCCUUCGCAUUUGCAAAUUUUCCACUUCGUUUCUCGUUGCCAGUAUAAUGCUCAAUGGUUGAGAUUCAUGUG